AAUUAAUAACAUAAAAAAUUAUAUAACAAAUUUUAAUUUAAUCUUUCUCUAAACUAAUGAAAACUUUUAAUAUGAAUUCUACAACGUUUGAAAAAUGGUUUACGGCACAAAAAGAUCCUCAAAUUGAUCAAUGGCCGUUAAUGUCAUCACCAAUCCCAGUGUUAUCAAUACUUGGAAUAUAUUUACUAUUUGUUUUUAAAAUUGGUCCCAAAUUUAUGAACAAGCGUGAACCAUAUAACUUACGUCAAUUUAUUAUACUGUAUAAUGGAUUUCAAGUGCUAAACAGUGCCUUAAUGUGUUUUUACAUAAGAGGAAUUCGUGUGGAUUAUGUAUAUUAUCUAAUAACAAAUGGAUGUCAUCCGAAUAAAACUCCAAAAUUUUUAUUAGAUAUACAUACUGGAGCUUGGUGGUAUUUAAUGGCGAAAAUAACUGAGUUCAUUGAUACCAUCUGCUUUAUAUUACGUAAAAAAUUUACACAAGUCACUAAGCUGCAUGUAUAUCAUCAUGCUAUGACAUUUUUUGUUACAUGGUCAUAUUUAAAAUAUUUACCUGGCGAACAAGCAAUGGUAAUUGCAUUUAAUAAUAAUUUUGUACAUAUAUUUAUGUAUGGCUACUAUUUUUUAUCAGCAUUGGGACCCAAAUAUCAAAAGUAUUUAUGGUGGAAGCGAUAUGUGACUGUUUUACAAUUGAUUCAAUUUACAUUAAAUAUUGUAUAUUACAUUGCAUUAUUCCUAUUAGACUGCGAUGCACCAAAAUUCUUAUCACUUGUAUUCACUAUUCAUUGUGGGAUAUUUAUUGUUUAA